UUCUAGCAUUUUCGUCAUUCUCCUUGGUGCCCUGUGGGAUCAGAUUUGGAAAACAAAGAGACGCCCACUUGACACACCCUGGUCGCCUUCCAAUUCACACCUUUGGAUUUCCAAGAAAGAAGUAAUGUUAAUAAUGUUAUCAUGCCUGUUUCAAAAAUACAACACGAGCUGAUUCCUGCCGAAGAAAAAGAAAUGACUGAGCGUUCAACAGCUUCAAGCGCUGGGACAACUGAAAAUGUUGAAGAAGAAAAAUUUGAUGAAAACUUCUGGCUUAUGGUUGAAAAUAAAGUGAAGGAGGAAGGUAUACCAUGGAAUAAGGCAAUGGACAAAGUCAGGGCAGAAAGACUGGUGACAAGAUAUGGUAACCAAGAAGCUCUGGUGGUCCUUAUUCGCAAGUGGCCAAAGAUGACACAGUUUAAAGAAAAACCAGAAGUGAUAACAAGCUUGGAGUACUUGAUUAGCAGACUAGCAGAAAUAAUUCUAGAUGAGGACAAAGAAACAGAUUAUGUUGAUUUUUAUGAUGAAAAGGCUGAUGGAUCACCCAAAACCCUUCUGCAUCUGGCAGCUGAGCAAAACUUUCUUCAUGUCUCAAGAAGCCUAGUUGACCGUUUUCCUGCCCUUUUGUACGUAAAGACCGGAGAAAAACAAAUAAGUAAAGCUAUCUUACCUGUUGAAUUAGCUUUACGAGAGCAUCAAGAUGACACAGCCGCAUAUCUCAUAUCUCAAAUGCUUGCUCCUCGUGUUACAAAGCUGUUCCUUUAUGAUAACAAUACCGAAUCAGUAAAAUUUAAUUUUGGUGAAAUUAUUAGUUAUCGUAAUCCCAGGACGAAUGAAUAUGCAAUGAAGAAAACGGUCGUGGCUGUGUUGAACAAAUUGAUUAACCCUCAUUGGCCGUACCAGCCUGACCGCACAGAGGUCGAUGAAGACAAUGUUGAAAUCCAGCGAGCCUUGGACAGUGUUCCAGACGAUCCAAUGAAUUAUGACUUUCACUAUCACAUCCUAGAAACUGACGAAAAUGGCAGAACGCCCAAGAUCAUAACCAAGUCCAAGGCCAAGAAUAAAGAUUCUGAAUUUGUUGAUCAAUCGUUUAAUCAUAGAUCAAUGUCCUGUCUCCAACGCAUUGCUGACAGUGAGAAUAAGGAAGCUGUGAAACACCCGGUCGUUCGCAUGUUGGUCCUCAGAAAAUGGAAUGAAUUUGCCUUCAAUUGGUUUUGUUUCAAGGCUGUCCUUUAUCUCAUAUUUUUGGCGGUAUUAUCAUAUGCGCUCAUGUUUGGCUCCACUCGUGACGAUCCAGCGCAAUACGAUGGCCCGGCUGAUAAUUUUCGAGCAGUUUGUGAAAUAGCCAGUAUCAUCUUUCUCAUUGUACACCUGCUUGAUGAAUUUGGUGAAAUGGUCAGAGAAAAAAUAAGCUACUUCGAAGUUUGGCACAACUACCUGGACUUACUUGGUAUUAUCCUUACCCUGGUCGUCCUUCCUCUCCGCUAUGCCGAGGUUAAAGCACAGUGGAGCUUCGCUGCUCUUGGUUUGUUAUUCAAUUAUCUUCGUCUGUAUAAAUUUUCUCACGUCUCGAGAAUCACAGGUCUUUACACCACGACUCUGGUAAAAAUAGUCCAGAAAGACGUCCCUCGUUUUUUGAUUUUCUUCUCUGUGGUAUUCGUCGGAUUUUGCGGAGCAAUGUAUUUGGCUCUGAAAGUGAACGACAAGCAAGAUUCGUUCGGUGGUUUCGCUUGGCUGAUGUUGGCUGGUUUCAGAGCUCUUGCAGAACAACAAUCGUUAGAAGAUGACUACCAAAAGUUUAGUUGGCUGCCAAUUAUUAUUCUUCUUGCAUACAUGAUGGUCGUAAUUGUAAUCUUACUAAACAUCCUCAUCGCUCAACUCAGCUCCACUUACGAUGAAGCAAAGAGAAUCGCCAAACUGCAAUACGCUGCUGAUAUAAUGAGGAUUGUCUCCCGGGUGGAGUACAGCCCAAUUCGAUAUUUUAGUUUAAGAGUAAGAAAAUACAAACAUGCCGAUUGGAUCAACGACGAGGAAUUGGCCAAAGAAAUGUUGGAGUACACGGAAGAUAGACACCCUUGGGAGACAGUCAGGGAAAGAUUAGCUGACGUUAGAGAAAUUAUGGGGAGGCUUGUGAGAAAAGGCAAAGAAAAGGAUCCUUUGGAAACUAUUGAUGAAAAAAUAACUCGAGUCGUGGAGAUUUUGGAAAAGUUCCCCGAAGCAAACGUUUUUGGGGAAUAAACCACUUGUCAUUCUCUGCUCAAUUUACUUGUUUCUCACGCUGACAAGCGUGGUUUUUAUGUGCUAAAUAUCGUAGUAUUUGAUAAAGAAUUUUGAUUCGUGUCCAACACGCAUACAUGAAACUUCUUACACUAAGGACAGGCCUAGUUAUAUUUGUCAAUGAAUCUGUCUUAACGCGAGCACCUGGCCUGUUGCAGAACUACCAGAAAGCUAUCGUCAGUUAUCGUGGACCAGAGACCACGAUACAGCAAUAUUCGUGCUUUAUAUUUAUUUGAAGUUGUCAUAUUUGCUUCUAUUUAAUGGGUCUCUGGUGAAACCAGGUUCAUACUGAAGGCCCUUACAUCGACAAUGAUAAUUUUUAGACCUA